AUGUCGUGUCAGGAUCGGCUUGUAAUUGCUUCAAGUGGCACGGUGCGCCUCCAGGUGCUCAUUAAGGCACGAUUCAAAUACUACUGCAGAAUCGAGCACGACGGUGGCCUGCUGAGCAACGUUGAGGUCUUGCACGUACUAAGGGAUCGCGAAGCCGAUAAGCAAGCUGUUAUCAGCAAGGCUCUACCCUCCGAGAUCAAGGUCUACCUGAACCUCUUGCAGCAGACGCCCACGAACAAGUCUGUGGAGGAGCUCAAGCCGUUCUUGGCAGCCGUCAAGUGCAUCCCCGAGUGCGACCAGCGCUUCCCUGAGGAGGCCCAGGACCGCCUGCUCCGGCUCGUGGCCGAGCACCUCCUCCAGAGCAGGAGCGGCAAGGGAGCCUGA